GUUUACAAGCCUAAACGUGCUCGGAAUUGAUCGUUGCUCGCGAUGGCGGCGCCCCUACAACCAAGUACCUCCAUUGCUCUGAAGUUCAGAGCAAUGUUCGGCAACUUUGAUGCGCCCAACCUGCCGUACGAGAAGCUCACUAUGCCCCUUUUUCGCGAAUUACUUCAGUGCUUGCAUCCUUCGAAUAUCCCGUGCGCCCCUUUCGACGAGGGUUCCCUUCAUGCUACCGGCUCCGGCAUCGACUCCCUCCACGUAUACUCUCGCCUGCUCGGUGACCUCCAUCUCCUACCCCUCGUCAUGCAACGGGAACUGAUCAAAUGGUUUCCCCUUGUAUGGCAAUGGAUUCGCUUCCUCAGCCCACGAUAUGGUCACUUCUCUGACGACGAGGUCCAAAUCGUCCAAGCGCAUAAACAAUGCCAUCUGCAAGCCGACGGUCGGUUCGCAAUGGCGUCCCAUGCCCGAGUGCACAUCAUGAAUAUCAUGGUUACUCACGCGCAGCGUACAGCGGAGGGCACGCGGGCGCUGUUGACCUGCCCAGGACUUACGGGCGAUAUCUUGUCGAUGCUCACAAUGCUCUGCCCUCUGCAACCAGAGCCCCAGCUCGCUCAGGGCCAGCAUCUGCUCGCGAAGCUCUUCCUGGGGCUGCACGCUAGGGGAAGGGGCUUCUCUCCCAAUCCUGCGCAAGAAGGGCUCGUGGAAUUCGACAGCAGCCAUCCGGGAAAAGUCCUUCGCUCGGUUGUCAAGCGCUCAAUAUGGAUUUUAAUCCCCGGAUCCGGUGCCGCGCCAUCUUUCGACGCGGACUACGUCGACACGUACAUCACGUUGCUCGACACCAUCCUGCUCCGAGACGCGAGCUUUAUCGCCAACUUCAGGAGGAGCACGUCCAUCGGGCCCCCCGUCCUUGCUCUCGAACGCAUCUCCAGGAUGAUAGAGCUGCACGCGCUGGAGGCAGAGCCGUAUAAGCACCGUGCUCUUGGCGCGCUGGUCAAGAUUCUGGCCGCCCACCUCGUCCCAACGGCGGAGAACCCCUCGGUCCUGCUCGCGGACGUCGUGCACGCCAUCAAGUGCGGCUUUGUCCCCGUGCUCCACUACCUGGUCAUGGCGGUGUCCUACCCCUCCGCCCAUCCGCGCAGAGGCGACGCCCCGUUCUCCGAUACCCUCUGGCGUGACACACGCGACAUCAUCGCGAAGGCCGUCGUGCCUAGUCUCGUAUGGCGCUCCGCGCUCCGCGCUGCCUACGACUCGGAAGACAUAGUCGCCUUGUUCGACCUUGACGAAAACGACCCCGUGCUGCAAUUGCCAGACUGGGACAUCCUCCACAGGAGCUUCUGGUUCUUCGCGAACGCAAGGGAGACGUACAAGGAGCUCGACGCUGCUCAUUGCUGCAAUAUGAAGUGCCCUAAUCGUGACACUCCUAUGCCUUCCAGGAUGAAGACCUGCUCUUGCGGCUCGGCCUUCUACUGCUCAAGAGCAUGUCAGAAGAUCGAUUGGCAUGCCUCGCAUCACCAGUCCUGCGCGCGCACGAACGAGGGCCCUGUAAAAACCCGCCCGCGAAGCCGCGGUCCCUACGUCGACGCCCCAAACUGCAUCUCCCAUUCCAUGCGCACCUAUCUCAAGAUCUGCGCCAACCAGCUCCUCGCGCAGCUCGGCGACCCGACCGCCGUCCACCGCGUCCACACCAUCCUCGUCGACUUCGUCAACGUUGACAUGAACCUCGACGACGAGGAUGGGCGGCCUGGGCUGCCGAGCAUCGUGUACGGAGCACUCGAUAGGAAGCCUGGCUUCGUCCCCGCUUCGCCAGUCGUCCCUGACUCGACACUCGUGCACGUCUGGGUGCUGGUCGCAAAGGGCGGCACGGAGUACAUGAUGGAGGUGGACAGUGUUCCUCGAGAACAGUUUUCACGUUGGGCAGAAACGCGGACGCACGAGGUGAAAUAG